AUGUUUCUCUGCGGACCUGAACUUUGGGACGCCUACAAUUCCCAACAUCCGGCGCACCCGGCAACUAUGUUCUAUGGCAUGAAAUCCACUGCCUUUCACGAUGGAGCCCAAAAUUACCCGCAACGCUUUAACCUUAAAAUCACAGCAGCGGAAUGGCCCAACAACCAGAGGGAACGCUUGUGGGCCCUUAACGAAACUCCUGGCCCCAUCCAUGUUCAGCACGAUGGAAACACCGGGGUUGACCACGGCCCCAACUCAAGAAGAUCCCCAACCUCAGCCUUAGAGAUGCCCUCUACUGCGAAGCAAUGUUCCUCUACCUAUCACCCUGUCUCCAGCCCUAGACACCGGCGCCUCAGAUGGUAUAACUGUCACGGCCACGGUCAUAGCCGUAGUUCCUGGCAAAUGCACACCCUCUCAUAA